UCUGAAAUAAAUAUAAAACUAUUUCACAUUUUUUCAAGGCUGUCAAGUCAUAACACUUCCUUUAAGUAUGUUGUGUGACAAAUGAAAGCAAUCCCUCAAUAAUUGAAUUUCCGGAAACUCUUUUAACAUGUUGUUAUGGCAACGAUUCCACCUCCUUGAAGCAAACAUACGAUCCAGCUGAAGUUAUUAACGUUAGCUCCCCAACCACAAGUCAGCAAUUUCCAUGUACCGGUAAAAUAAACGUUACAGCUGUCGUCGCAACCAUGUCGCAUUAUAGAGUUGCAGAAUCGAAACGAGAAGAAUUUAGAAGAUAUCUCGAAAAAUCUGGAGUCCUUGACACUAUAACCAGCGUUUUAGUGCAACUUUAUGAAGAGAAUGACAAACCCGAUAAUGCACUGGAUUUUAUAAAGGCUCAGCUCAAUGGUGCUGGUCCAGAUCCGGUUGACUCUGAGGCUCUUCGCACGGAGCUGGCGGACCUUCAACAGAAAUACGACCGUCUCAUGGGGGAGAACAAAGAGCUGAGAAGCAGGCUGAUGCAGUACGAACCAUUGCCUGACGCAGGGCCGGCAAAGUAGAGAGGAUGGGUUUUGUCAUUUCUCUCUUGUGUAAAAACAUAUGAAGAUAUUGUUCAAUUAUAAGGGGUGUACAGUAAAUACAACAGUGGCCAGGAAGGAACUUUUACUUUGUCAUAAAUAAAAAUGUUUGUUCUGUA